AGAGAUUUGGCACCGGAAACUCAAAACUUACAUUGUCCAUUUAAUACAGCGCAUACAAUGCCACGAAAGACAUUCAUUAAGCAUUUGAAUAGAUGCCCGGAUAAACCACCCCAUUUUAAACAUUGUAUCUACAAUAAAUCACAUGUAAUGCCUGAAGCAGAUUUGAAGAAUCAUGAAGAAAAUUGCCCUAAUCGAAUAUCAAUGGAUGUAGCCAUUUAUGAAACAGAAGAUAUUAUGACGCGUCCAGAUACUGAUGUACAAAAUACACCAUCAAUAAAGUAUGAAGAAUCUUGGGAUGGUCUGGAACAAACCACUGGAAUUCUACAGACCAUCAAAACAAAAACCACGUCAAUGAAAGCAAUUCAUAACACAACAAGAUCGGAACGUAAAGAACAUCGUGCCAAUUUACACAAAAAUGAUAUUAACAACGUUGAGAAUAAAGAUGGGAAGAAACAGCAGAAUAAGAAAAUGGAUACAAAAUCAUUAUUCUUUGGAAAGAACAAUACAUAA